AUGCCAGACUCUGACGCAACCUACUCUCCGUCUCACAGCGAGGAUUACGAGAGAAUCGAGCAUGGUGCAUCAGCUCCACCACCACAACCAGAAGAAGAGCGCCAGUUUCUGGUGUUCGAGAGCUGCCUAAGGGAGCUUUUCAAGACGUGCCAAGAGUGCUCAAGACUGUGCCAAACAACGAUCGAAACUACCGGCACACUGAUCACAGUCUACAGCAUCUGCCCUGUGGAGCACGUGCGCACAUGGAAAAGCCAGCCCAUCGUCAACGGCAGACCAGCAGGGAACAUACUGCUGACCAGCCACCUGGUCUUCUCUGGAGUGAAGAUUGCCCCUAAGCUGCGGAUGCUACGCCAUAUGAACGUGCAGGUCAUCUCCGACUCGAGCUUCUACGAGCAUCGGAAGGCCUUCGCUCUACCUGCAAUCCACAAGGUCUGGCUGCAAGAGUAA